AUGGAACAACUCUGCAUCCUGCUGCUAUUAGCUAUUAGGAUAAGUUCAGUGGAUACACAGUUCAAUGGCUACAACUGUGAUGCCAAUCUGCACAGCAGAUUCCCUGGUGAAAAGGAUAUCCUUGUCUUUUGUGGAGUGCAGACCAUAACAAUCAAGAUCAAUUUUUGUCCAGUACUGUUCUCUGGCUAUUCAGAAACAGACUUAGCAUUAAAUGGUAGACAUGGCAACGCGCAUUGCAGGGGUUUUAUUAAUAACAGUACCUUUCCCACAGUUGUUAUUUUUACCAUCAACCUCAGCACAUUAGAAGUUUGUGGAAAUAACUUAGUGGUAUCUGCUGCUCAAGGAGUUAAUGCAUUAGGCAAUAUUUCAAUGGUGCAAUUUGGGAACAUUUCAGGUUAUAUUGACACUCCUGACCCACCAACCAUUAUUAGUUACCUGCCAGGACUGUUGUACAAGUACAGCUGUAGCUAUCCUCUGGAGUAUCUUAUCAACAACACUCAACUGGCUUCAUCAUCUGCAGCGAUAUCAGUGAAAGACAGCAAUGGUACAUUUAUCAGUACUUUGAGCUUACUCCUGUACAAUGAUUCAGCCUACAACCUCCCUCUAGUGAUACCACCUGUGGGAUUGCCCUUAAAAACCAAGGUGUACGCAGCUGUGAAAGCUACAAAUCUUGAUGGAAGAUGGCACGUCUUCAUGGAUUAUUGUUACACUACUCCUUCCGGUAAUCCAAACGAUGAUCAUAGAUAUGAUCUUUUCUUCAGCUGUACCAAGGAUCCGCAGACUACAGUUAUAGAAAACGGUAGGAGUCAGAUGGGCAGAUUCUCAUUUGAAGUUUUUCGCUUUGUGAAACAUAAGAACCAGAAGAUGUCUCCAGUAUUCUUGCACUGUGUAACAAAGCUUUGCAAGUCAGACGACUGUCCAUUCUUGACAUCUAAUUGUUACAAAAGGAAGCGGAGAGAUUUAAUGGAAGUUACUACCACAAUCCCUCGCAGUUCCACAGGGAAUGCAGUAAUCACUGCAGGGCCUAUUAUCACCAGGAAUGAUGCAACAGCAAACAAAUCACAAGUUGGAUACGUGGGAAAAUCUGCUUUUCAUUUCAACUCUGUGUCAAGUGCAUUAGUUUCUGGAAUUGUUGUUCUUGGAGUGAUGAGCAUUUCCUUUGUUACCACCUCUGUCAUCCUUAACAGGAAGCUGAAAAACAAAAGUGCUUUGAUUGGAACUAGAAAUCCUGUUUUUAACUAG